UAUUGUUCGGAAUACUCUUGUAAUGUAUGACCGUGAACAUUCAAAGGUUGGUUUCUGGAAGACCAAUUGUUCCCAGUUAUGGGAAAUGCUUCGCAUCACUGAUGCCUCAGCACAACUUCCUCCAGCUCCAACUCCAACUGAGAAUGAUGCAUACUUGGGCGAAAGUAAUUCAACCAUUGAAUCAUCAAGCAAAAUUCUCCCAGAGGUCUACAUUGGUCAAAUAACAUUUGAGAUGUUACUGAGGACGAAUUACUCAGAUCUUAAGCCUCAACUUGCCGACCUUGCUAUGUUCAUUGCUAAAGAGUUAGAUAUUGAUGCUUCACAGGUCCACUUUUUGAAUCUUACAUUGGUGGGAAGCAAUUCUCUCAUGAAAUGGGCCAUUUUCCCCCCAGAAUCUGCUACUUACAUUUCUAAUGUCACUGCCAUAGGUAUAAUUUCCCAGCUUGCUGAACAUCGCAUGCAGCUUCCAGAGAAAUUUGGACCUUAUCAGUUAGUUAAAUGGAAAAUUGAGCCUCCUUCAAAAAGGACAUGGUGGAAGCAGCAUUACUCGGUGGGUGGUUUAGCAAUGUAGUUACAAUAAUUGUUGGAUUAUCAGCUUUUGGAAUCUGGUUUAUUUUUGAGACACAGACAACAAACAGUCAAUUCAUACAAACCUGUUGAUGCGGAUGUCGCAGAGCAGGAGCUUCAACCGAUAUAAUACUAAUAAUGCCUUUACUUGUUUAUUUUUCGAGUGCCAUCUUUUGGUACACGAGGGAUUUGCUUCAUAUAUUACAAGCUUACCAGGCCUAAUUUUGUUUGUCAAUUGAUUGAACUCUCUUUCGCAAUUUUUUGUAUUUAUUAAACUCCGGAUAGAGAGAAAUACGAAACGAACUUCUAUGUGAUAGAAUAUUCACAUAUGAAUGUGAGCUUCUUCAAUGCUCAAGAAGUCCCAUAGUC